GGUGAAGGGGUGGAAAGGUUAUGGUCCUUUCUGCGAAGGUUUUCCUCUGUCACUAAAGAAAUGAGUGCUCACAAAAGGACAGAUGUUUUGACCGAUGGGCUUCUUCACUAUGCCCAACAUUUGUAUCACAAAUUUGGUAUGGUUAAUUUUAUUGAACACAUAACUUUCACAUUUCUGUGGGUUUUGCUGAAAAGUAAAAGGGAUAUCAACUAUUGACCAGUACUUUAGCUGGACAGCUUUAUCUACCCUGUGUUUUCUGUCAUAGUUGCAAUUCUUCAUUUUUUCAAUAUGGACAUGUGCAAUGUAUGUACAGAUGUAACUCGAGGUUGACUAGUCUUAUUAGUACACAUCAAACUGAUUCCUUUUAAUGUUCACAGGUUUUACUCUAAAAGCAAAGUUUGCAAGGGCAGAAAUUCUUCUACAGGAUGUCAGUGCAAAGCUUAAGGAACUCACUGAAAAACUUCCAGGUAUACAUUUUAAACCUUUUUUUUUUUUACUCAUUGCAUUGAAAAACAGCACAAUGACUUACAUGCAUGCUAUAUGAUUAUUGCAAAUUAUACUUGUAUUUACCUGCAUGUACUAGAUUGUGAUGAUGAUGUGAUACAAGAGUGGCAAAAGGAAGAAGUUGAAGCACUGAAACCAAAAGAACACGGUAGUUUUAUUCCUCAGCAUUUGUUAACAAUCAUUAGGGAGAACAAUUUUUUUUGUAUUCACUAAUAUAUUAUUAAUCUGUCACAGGAUUAAUACUGCAGUGGGACGAAUCAUAUGUCAGCUUGCUCCUCAUGUCUAAAAAACUCAGGUAUAUAGUGUGUGGAAGUACCACCUACCAAAUUAUUCAUGACUUACAUUAGCGAGUACCUGAGCUUUUCGAAAGCGAUUAAACUUGUAAAAGGCGAAAUUCCUACCUAACCAAUCGUUGUAGUGGACUACGUGAAACUGAUCCUUUAGUUGAUUCAUGGCAUUACCUGAUCCUUUGUGACCUCGGCUUAAAUAGAGCUGUUUUGUAGAGCUUUCUUCGGUCAAACCCAGUCUGGUCAAGUCAGGUAAAAAACCAGUCAGCUCAGCGGUAUUUAAUAAAUCCACUUUGGAGCCAACUUUGUCGUUGUUAGUCAUUGUCUCGAGGAUAGUCAACAGCCGUAAUAGAUUCCGGCCUUCCCGCAGCCAGCGAGUGCCCCCAGGAAAGCCUUUUCCCAGAAGAAGUUUAUCGGGUUGUCCCCCAUCCGUCCGUUUAUUUGUGAAGGCAAAAACCUGUUUUCACAAUAAUAUAAAUAUAGUAUUCGUACUCCCCUUUCUUUCCACCUUAGCAAAUAUAUUUACUAAGUAUUAAACUGAACAUAUUGUGUACGUAUCUCCACCCAUUUAAAUUUUUUUUUCAGAAAUGAAUUGAGUUGUGUACAAGAUGAAGAUCAAGGGAAAGUAAAAGAUGUUGAAAAGAAAAUCAAACGGUAAGUCAUAAAUAUGCAAAUUCCUUCCCUGCAGCAACGACUGGAAUAAUCAGGUUCUGCAGACAGGGAAUUAAGGGUGCCGAAAUUAAAAACAAAUAAUAAAUCUCUCUAACUUACAUUUAUUGUACAUAGGAACGAGAAGGCCAUAGUAGCCAUGGAAAAGAAGCAUCACAUCAGAGAAAGAUGGUCCGAUCUGUCUCGUGUGUUUGUAACCGUUAAGUCACGUCUCUACGAGAAGAGAAAGAGCGAACUCUUGUUGAGUUUACAUUGCAUGGCAUCCGAAAGAUGUUUCUUGGUGGAAUUGAAGCGAAAAUAUGCUGGUAAUAAACUGAAGAAACUGUUAUGUAAAAUAUUUAGUAGCGUGUGUAUUUAAGUGAUCAUGGUCUGCAGUAAUUCCGUCGUUAUGUUGCUGCGUAUGCCCGUUGUUUUUAACUGCGACUCUAGGCAUUGUACUGGGAUUAUUUGAGUAGGGGUAUGAGGGCUAAAUUUUCCCAGUUCUCAAGUCUUACACAUUUACAUUUUUCCGUCUAAUCCGUAAAACUGCCACUGAAUUGCGUUUUUAGUUAUUAUGAACUUUUUAAUUUUCAGAUGGCCAAGCAAUUGCCAUAAAGCUCGCAAAGCAGAUCGACAAAGUCGUCAAGUCCAUUCACAAAACUUUGUCCGAAAUAAAUGGGUAUCUUCCCAAUGAUGUACCCCAAAUUCUUUAUGACGAUGCUAAGGAUCCUAAGAGCAGCAUUUACUCUGAAGUCCAAGAGGAAGGGGACACCGUUCCUGCUCUUGUUAGGAGGCAGAUAAUUGACCUUUUCUGCUUACACAACAGGUGUCAGGAAGAGCUUGAACUGUUGAAUGAGGAAAUGAAUCGCCUUGUCUCUUUUCUCCAAAACGAAAUCAGGCUUAUAGUCGAAUCAGUGGAUGCGUAUCUGCCUUACACUGAUAACCCUCUUAAUGCAGGAGUGAUAGCCUGUCUUAAAAAGAAACGGAUGAUUCAUUGUAAUCACAUUUCCUCGCUGCUGCUUUUAUGGGGUGGUAUCUUGGAUUCCCCUAAACCUAUUGGUCAUGCUGAGGUAGCAAAAACCUAUGCUAAUUUGAGUGGUAUCGACUAUCCUCUAGAUGACGAGAAAUCAGACGAAUCGAUGAUGGAGGAAGUUGUGGACGAUGAGGCCUUUGUGUUGGAACUGACAUCAGACAGCGAAUUAUCUGAUAAUGAAUAAAACUCAUUUUGUCUCUGGCGCUUGCCAAAACCAUACAGAAACAGCCUCUGUUUUGUUUAUGUGCGCGCACCAAUAGCGGGUAAACUUCUCGGAAAACCCAACAAAUAUCAAUACAUUGUGUAGGAUUAUACUGACUGGCCAAUCAUCACAAUAUGUUUUAAUAAAUUCUCACCGAUGGCAAAUUUCAUCUCGGUGGUGAUUUGUAGCAGUUUUUACGUUAUUAGGAUUAUACGUAGCAUAUGCAGACGGCGUAUUUUAUAUGCUGAUCGGUGCCGAAGCUCCCUCAACGGACACUCGUAAGUGGACAGCUGUACUAACCCACCUAGUCCAAACUCCGUUUUAUUAGACUCCCAUACAAACUCUGUAUUCUGAUAUUAUUGAAAAUCAUGUUUGUAUGGAUUGGAGUUCACUGGAGGUACAAUUGUAGGCGUGGAACAGAUGUCGGACCAUGAGUCACCGUUAUCAAUUUUGAGAGGUCCACCAUUGUCGAACAAAAACAUUAGUCAUCUUUGUCCAUCUGUACCAAAAGGAAUGAUAGAUAAAUAGAUAUUAGCAAGUAUGGGGUGGGUGCCUCGAAUAUCUUUAUAAACUCCGUAUCAUAAUUAUCGCAUAUAUAAGGCACUUUAUAACUCAGGUUUGAAUACUCUAGUUGAUAAGCCAAAUACUGAAUUUGGUCGUUGUUCUUCUGUACAUUGUCAAUUCGGACCAUUCUUACUGAACUGAGGUGACGCUUUUUGAGCGUUGCAUGCUUAACCAUCACCCGUCCAACAAAAAUGGCCAUGCAGAUAUACCCAUGUACCACAUUUCAUUCUUAGAUGGCAAUGGAUCUCAUUGUGUAACCUUACUAUACAGUGCCUCUUAUGAACGCAGUCACAUUAACUGAGCAUAUAUAUAUACAUGCUCCUAACAAAUCUGUCUUGAAAGUGUUUAGGCAAUACAUAUCUUGGUGGCAUCCAUGAAAUAGUGAAUAUGAGCCACAUAAUUUCAAAUUUCUGUUUUGUAUGAUAUCAAGUAAAAUAUAUCAGUAUACGUCCUUCGUGAGGCCAUAACGAAAUUGACACACCCGUAACGGAAUUAGCACGUGCCGGAAUUACUGAGAAAAAGUUAUAAGUUGUAAUUAUUUCAGGCGAUUUAACGGAUUGUGUUGUUGAAAUGGUAAACAGGCAGUCAGUGCUACUCUGCAAAAGUGUCCUGCAUAUUGCGCAGUGGUUUAACGCAUUCAAUUGCUAACUCUAGAUCUUCGCUUUAUUCGUUAAGUUGUGUUGUACUGUCACUGUACAUCAAGUAGCAAAUGAACCACAAGUCACACGCGACGUCGAUCGUCGUCCAACCUCGAUGAUACUAAAAUAUUUCUUAAAAUAUCAUUAUCCUGACGAAAUUAAUGUUAAGUAAUAGUUUUAUCGACUAGUUUCUUCCUAAAAUUGUUCUAAAGGUCUUUUUUUUUGUCCUUUUCUAGACAGUCCAGUAGUCAGGUUUAGCACAUGAUUUCGUUAUAGCAUUAAACUACCGUAUUCCUCAUCAGUGUUUACAAUUGUGUAUACGGACGGAUAUUUUUAAAGAUUAUUUUUGA